CCGGCGGUCGUACACAGUAAAGCGUGGCUGCGGCUCCUCCCCCCUCGACCCGAAAGUCCUCCGCGGCUGCUAACUGAACUGCGGAACCACAGCAGAGACUCAGUCCGCUGCUCGUCGAUUUUCAGAUGGAAGUUGAUGUGUAGUGGUUUCCCCGAAGGCCUCCAUGUCGAGCAGGAGCUUAUGGACUGCAGCUAAGAUAGCUAACGAGCGCAACCACAAGUUGUUAGUUAAUGUAAUACUAGCUAGUUGCGUCAUUUGAUAGCCACCGCUAACUUAGUUAGCUAGUCUCAGUGGUAUACGACGUCAGUUUCAAAACAAAGCACGCAAAACGGAGAAAAUCAGAUCCAGCUGUCACCUCCAGAGUAGGUGGUGGCCAGACAAGCUAACUCGGUUGAAGUCUGUCAGUGACCUAAGGUAUAUUACGCCACCUAGACGCUGUUUUGUACUCUCCAUUAAUGGCCAAUUAACGUUAUUUUGCAGACCUUAAGUUGAAGAAGGUUUCUGCAACCGUAUUUUAACUCAACGAAUCCAGCAACUAGCGUCGAGCUACGUGGUUGCACUGAUACGAUCAGAUUCAACUUUUCUUGUAAACUUGGAGUUAAAUGUCCGAGAAGAGUUCAUCGUCCAGUUCGGAUGAGGAUGUGGACCCGGAAUCCGGGCAGCCCCAUGAGCUUGGAGGCGUCCUAAGCAAGUGGACAAAUUACAUACACGGGUGGCAGGACCGAUGGGUUGUGUUGAAAAACAAUACUUUGAGUUACUACAAGUCGGAGGAUGAACGGGAGUACGGCUGCAGGGGCUCUUUGUGCCUCAGCAAGGCAGUCAUCACACCUCAUGAGUUUGACGAGUGUCGUUUUGAUGUCAGCGUGAACGACAGCGUUUGGUACCUCAGAGCCGAAGAUCCCGAGCACAGACUCCAGUGGAUUGAGUCGAUAGAACUACAUAAGGCUGAGUCUGGUUACGGUUCAGAGACGAGUCUGAGGCGUCAUGGUUCCAUGUUGUCUCUCACCUCAGCAGCUAGUGCCUUGUCUUCCACAUCUACAUCCUCCUUCAAGUAUGAGAUAGAGGAUGAUGACGAUGACUUUCCCACUUCUGCGAGACCUGACAGCGAAUAUAAUCACAACAAUAAUGGCAGCAAAGAGAAAUUGUUUUCUCCUGCCAGUCCUAAAGGUAUUAAUGGGAUAGACUUUAAGGGUGAAGCCAUCACUUUCAAAGCCACCACAGCAGGCAUCCUCUCCACUUUGUCCCACUGCAUCGAGCUGAUGACGAAACGAGAAGACAGCUGGCAGAAAAGACUGGACAAGGAGCUGGAAAAGAGGAGGAAAGUAGAAGAUGCCUACAAGUCUGCUGUGAAUGAACUAAAGAAAAAGUCACACUAUGGAGGCCCAGACUACGAGGAGGGGCCCAACAGUCUGAUCAAUGAAGAGGAGUUCUUUGAUGCAGUGGAAGCUGCACUGGACAGACAAGACAAGAUAGAGGAGCAGUGCCAGUCAGAGAAGGUCAGAAAACCUCGACUAACUAUGGCUUCCCCUAGUGAUGCCUACUCCACCAUCGGUACACACAGAUUUGCCAACAAGCCCUAUAGCCACUCUUCUUCCUUGUCCUCGAUCGAGCUAAUCAGUGCUUCAGAUGACAUUCACAGAUUCAGCCCUCAGGUGGAGGAAACUGUGCAGAAUCACAUGGCUUACUCCAUCCAGGAGGAGGGUGGAGGUGCCAACUGGCAACUGGUAGCAGAAGAAGGGGCGAUGAAGGUAUACAGGAGGGAAGUGGAGGAGAACGGCAUCGUCCUGGAUCCCCUCAAAGCGACACAUGCUGUGAAGGGGGUAACUGGACAUGAGGUCUGCCACUACUUCUGGGACACUGCAGUCCGAUUGGACUGGGAGACCACCGUUGAAAAUUUCCACGUUGUGGAAAAGCUCUCUGAUAAUGCCAUCAUUGUGUACCAGACGCACAAGACAGUGUGGCCUGUCGCUCAGAGAGAUGUGCUCUUCCUGUCAGUCAUCAGGAUGAUUCCACCGAGAAAUGAAAGUGAACCCGACACAUGGAUCGUCUGCAACAUCUCUGUGGAGCAUGAUGAUGUACCUCUAACAAACCGGUGUGUUCGUGCCAAACUUAAUGUUGCAAUGAUCUGCCAAACGCUGGUUAGUCCACCAGAGGGCGACAAAGAGAUCAGCAGAGACAACAUCUCGUGCAGGGUCAGCUAUGUUGCCAAUGUGAACCCCGGAGGCUGGUUUCCAGCAUCAAUCCUCAGACCUGUGGCCAAGAGAGAGUAUCCCAAGUUCCUCAAACGCUUCAGCUCCUACGUCCAGGAGAAAACCGCUGGGAAGCCCAUCCUUUUCUGAAUUCAACGAGGUAACCAGGACCCCAAGCACAACUUGACUGGCAGCUACAUCUUCUAUAAUUAUAAUUAAUUAUAUUUGUAUAUUUUUGUUUUAUUGGGUUAAUUUAAUUACCAUACAUACCAUCUUUGACCUUUUAAGUUUAACUAAGUUCAUGAUUUUUUUUUUCUUUUUUGAGAUUGGAUUGAUUUUAUUGAAGUGAACGAGGUAAGAUCUACAGAAUCUGUAAUUAUUCAGAUGCCCCUCGAGCUUUAAAACAAAAGUAGUUGUUUAUGAUCUUAGCUAGAUCAUGCUGGUCAUGGGCGCUUUUGUAUGUAAGCACAAUUUCAUGAGGUGAUUUUUUUUGGGUAAAUUAUUUCAUUAUUUGUAGCUACAUGAGCAGAAUGCAUUUAGUGAUUUCAGUUUUGUCUGUAUUUUAAAUAGUUUGUAUAUUUUUAAACUGUAUAUGAGAAAUUUUAUUUGACAGUAAAUGUUUUGCAAUGUCCUGUAAAUUAAAGUUAAUA